AUGGACACGCGCAGCGACGAGGUGCUGGACCUCGUGGGUCAGUUCAUGCUGCAGUACCAGCAGGAGGUGGGGCGCACUGCGCUCAAGGCUUCGGUGUUACAAGUGCUCAAGGCCGAGAAGACGGAGCCCCGAGAGGAGGUGCAGGAGAUCGAGAUCGGCACGGGCGGCGGUCCCCUAGAGCUCGUGCAGACGGACAUGAGCGAGGUCAUGCGCGUGUACUUGCUGGUGGACUACGGCUUCCAGAGCAGCAUGAUGGACGCCAAGCGGCCCUACGUGUCGGUGCUCAAGCUCACGAUGGACUGCGUCAAUGGCACGACCGAGGACGAGGCAGACAUCGAGUGCGACCUGCUGGAGCACUUGGACCUGCCGAGACACAAGGCCGAAGUGGGCAAGGCGGUGCAACGCACCAUCGCAGAGGCCGCCCCGGCGUCCUUCUUGAGCACCCACUCGCUGCACGUCAAGUACGACGCAGUAGAGCAGCAGGACUUGGCUACGGGCGAGGACGGGGACAUUGAGACCAUGACGUAUGUGCGCUACCGCGUGCAGGGAGCUGACGGCAAGUUCAGCGACGACGACUGCAUGGUGGUCGUGCAGCAGGCCAUAGGCAUCUCCACGCUCAUGUUCAUGGAUACGGUGUGCUUUGAGAGCGCGUCCAAGUCGGCAGUGAUGGCGGCGUACGAGUACGCGUCCAACAAUCUGCCAGUGGGGGCGCUGAUCUUUGCUGCGGUCUGUGGAGCUGCUGUGGCGGCUGCGGUGCUCAUCCGCCACCGCCGCAAGAACCAGCGGUUCGGAUACUCGUACGUGCGGUCCAAGGCGCCGUCACACGUCCCGACCCAGGGCGCGGCGGCGACGGGCGUCAAGUAUGUGGAUGCCGACUCGCCCGCUAUUGCCUGCUAAGAGGUUGAGCUGGAUCCAUUCAACUCGGCAGCUGGGGCUCUGCGUAUUGUAAAGCUGUCAGUGACGUGGUUCACCCUGUGUGUAUAUAGGUUAGCUGGUUUGUAUUUUGUUUCUCUCAAUUGCAGCUGCUACUGUUCAUUGUU